UUUCGGGUCGGGUUUCGUACCGACCCAGUUUAGAGAAUAGAAUGACCCUAGUCGCUCCCAAACACAGAACAGAACCAAACUCACUCCUCUCAAAGCUGCCGUCGCCGGUCGUCGCCGACACUGUUGCUUCACUCUGUUCCUCUUCGUGCGAAGUACUAGGAUCAGAUGGCUUUGCGAGGGGUUUGGCAACUUAACAAGCUGAUUGUCAGUUAUUGCAACUGGGGCGGAAGUAGCAGAGGUAUAAGGGCAUUUAUGGAGUCUCAUUUGCCAGCAUUUAAGGAGAAGAAUCCUCAAUUAGAGGUGGUUACUGAACUCAUCCGUGGUCAGCAUCCACAUCUGAAGGGUUAUUACAAGAACAAGAAUCAGCGAGUGAUAUCUGUGAAGAAUAUGGAUCCAGAAGACAUACUUUUGCAUGCAACCAGGCUAAGAAAUGCAUUGGGAAGGAAGGUAGUGAAAUUGAGGACAAGACAUGUAACCAAACGCCCUAGUGUGCAAGGUACUUGGACAACUGCUGUGGAGUAUUAAGAUAGAAAACCAGGUGUAUGAGAAAGUUCCUUUUCAUAUGGUGAAUUAAUCAAUUUGUGAACUAGUGGGUGUAAGUUCUCAUGUAUCUUGCACAAUUUCCAGUUUUUCAAUAAUUCACUUUUUUUUUUGGGUGGUUUGCACUGUUUGCUUCCCAAUGAUGAAGCUAAUGAGAAAAUUAGAAAAAAACACGAUAAAAGUGGUUGCUGGUUCGGUUCAAA